AUGGUCGCUGCCAGCGGGCAGCCAAUCGACGCGCGCAUGCACAUCAUGAAUGAUCAAGCUUGGCGCGAGUGCAACAACAUCGACGCCAACUAUAGGCAUGGCCAGCCACACCAAAGCGCAUUCGCUCGCGUCGGUCCGGCCUGCUUUGGCCCGAUGAUCCGGGGCGAGCCAUAUCCCGUUGGAUUCAAGGGCCCCCGGGACAUUGAGAAGUACGACACCUCCAACGACCCCACGGUCUGGAUCGAUUCCUACACCAUGGCAAUGGGCAUCCUCGGGUACUCCGACCUACUCGCUGCCCGCUACCUGUCGCUCAUGAUGGACGGCGCGAAACGCCAGUGGUUCAACACCCUCCCCCCGAACAGCAUCGACUCGUGGGAGGAGGCCCACGCCGCCUUCAUCCAGCACUUCGCCAGUGCGUACACUCGAGCCACCACCAUCGAGGACCUGGACCGCUGCAUCCAAAGACCCCGCGAAUCGACUCGCCGAUGGGUGCAGCGCUGGCAGGACAUGUGGACGACCUCCAACGGGAUCAGCACCGACACCGCGAUCUACUGCUUCCGGCGCGGCUACCGCUACGAGCCCCUCGUCGCCAAGCUCAAGCGCAUCAGCAGGGACCCCAUCACGAUGGCCGACCUCUUCGACAUCGCCCAGCACUACGCUGAUGAAGAUCCCACGGUCGACUCGGACGACGAGUAUGGCCAGCGGUGCAAUCGCCGCCCUGCUCGCCCCGACGGUCGCCGUGAUGACUACCGCUUCGGCUCCCGCCCUAACAACGGCAAACGAUGCAACGACAGUGGCGCCCACUCCGAGUUCGUCGCCAAUGCCAACUACGGGCAGCGCGACCCGAAGUACUCCCGCCGCGACAACCGCGGCCCGCGGGAAGAUCGCCCGCUAGGCAAGCGCUUCGACGCGCAUAGCCUGCUCGAUGCUCCGUGCAUCUACCACAGUAGGGAGGGUAAACCCUCCACGCACACGACUGGGAACUGCUUCUCCCUUAAGCAGAUUGAGAAGGCCCGUCGCUCCAAAGAGAACGGCGGCAGCGACCAGAACAAGGACCGCCACAAGGACCAGGACAAGCCGAAGGAGGAUGGCUUCGGCCACAGCGAUGGGUCCCUCCACACCUUCACCGGGGUCGACGACCGGCAUGACAAGAAGGUCCUCGUCCGCGCGGUGGCUGUCAAUGCAGUCGUCGCGGACGUCUCGCGGUGGCUAAACUGGUCCGAGCAGAGCAUCACCUGGAGCCGCGACGACCAUGCUCCACGCAUCGAGUACUCGGGGCGAGUCGCCCUGAUCAUCAAGCCUAAGGUCGCCGACUACUGGAUCUCCAAGACCCUGAUGGACGGGGGAAGCUCCAUCAACAUCAUGUACUAUGACACCUACCAGCGGCUCCAGCUGCCCGACUCGCGCCUCGAGCGAACGACCGUCACCUUCCACGGCAUCAUCCCGGGUCGGAAGGCUGUCCCAAUCGGCAAGGUGACACUGCCAGUCACCUUUGGCAUGCCGACGAACUACCGCACCGAGCGGAUCUACUUCGAGGUGGUGAACUUCCGCACCCCGUACCACUGCGUCCUCGGUUGCCAGGCGUUCGCCAAGUUCAUGGCCGCGCCACACUACGGCUACAACAUGAUGAAGAUGCCAGGUCCGCACGGCGUCAUCACCGUCCGCGGCGAUCCCGAGAUGGCCCUGGAGUGCGAGGAGAGUGGCGCCAAGCUCGCCGACGCCGUCAUCACCACUGAGUGCAACAACGCCACCGAGCUUGCCAAGUACCCUACGGACAACAACGACCCCGCCAUCCUCGAGAAGCCAACUGAGUUCCACUCGUCAUCGCCGACCUUCCAGCCCACGACUGACACACGUCGAGUCGACCUUGUAGAUGGCGAUUCUAGUAGGCAGGUUAUCAUUGGGACGGGCCCGUCCGCCCAAUAG